AUGUUCGGGUGCAGCAGGGAGGCUGCCGGAGCGCCCCUCAGGUGGGAGCGCUGCCGGGGCAGCAUGCGGAGCCCCGGGCUCAUCACCCUGCUCUCUGCCCUGGCGCUGGCUGGAGGAUCUGCCGGCACUGACCCUGGAAAUGAUGGAUCAGGAGACGGAUCGAUGAUAUUACCCACUUUUACAGCAACACAUCUUCCUGCUACGAGUCCUUUGACAGUGGAUGACCAUGAGCCAGUACUUGUAACUGCAAGCACUACUGAAAGCAGCUUUGACACACAGAGUUCUCCAAGUACUGAACUGAAUGCUGUGAACGAUGAGGACAGCCUAGAAGCAGCAGAACAGUCUAUCUUGAUAUAUGUUGUCCCUGUGGCGCUGCUGGUCCUGCUGGUUUUGUUGAUCACAUUUUUUGUAAUGCAUCAUAAAAGGAAAAAAUCCAAGCAAGAUGAGCUGGGAAGUGAAAAUGUAAAAAGUCCUAUUUUUGAAGAAGACACACCCUCUGUUAUGGAGAUAGAAAUGGAAGAGCUUGAUAAAUGGAUGAACAGCAUGAACAAAAAUGGUGACUGUGAAUGUUUACCUACUGUAAGAGAAGAAGAAAAAGAAUCAAUUGCCAACCCAAGUGAUGGUGAAUCAUGAAGUCCUCACGACACCAAAGAACUGGAUAAAGGGAUGCAGCACACAAGCUCAUCAUCCCCCAGAUACUGGAAGAACUGGAUUUAAAUAUAAUUCAUCUCAAAAGGCCAGAGAAGCAAAUGCUUUUGUUGUGUCCUGUUUUAUAUGGUCUUCAGAAAGGAAAUAUUACCAAAGGAAAAAAAGAAAAGGAAAAGAAGAAAAAAAGAAAAGAAAAAAGAAAAGCACUGUAGCAAGAUUAAGGACUGAUUUAAAUUAUUUUUGCAAUGAGAUUCACCACAAAUCAAGAGAAACCCCUUCUUUACCCCUGCUAAAAGUUCUCAAAGUAGUCCAUAUUUCUGUCUAGUUCUGCAGUUGUGCAUUGUGCAACACUUAAAACCAAUUCUCUUGCAGAUUUGGUUGGUUUCUUUGUUAUGGUUUGGUUUUGUGGGUGUUUGUUUCAGUGUCCAUAAUUCUGGACUGCCAUGGUUUGGUGGAUGUGAAGCUCAUGUCUAUGCAAUGUUUAUUUCUCAAUUUGCUUUUUCUGAACAGUGCACUGAUUUGCACAGGACUGCUGUUGGGGAGGUACUAGGCUAGGACUGACAGAGCAGCUCUGAGGACAGACAGCAGCUGAAAAGCCUCUGAAAGGAAUAGCCAGAGGUGACUGCAGCCCAGCCAGGACACAAAGUCUGUAGAGUGCUUUUUGGUUUUCAGAUUAAAAGCCCCUGUAAAAGUGAUUUUGAGACUGCCUUUCAGUUUGUUAUCUCCACAGAUGAACGCCCUGGGCUAGCUCUCCCUGUGUAACUCUUCUCCCUGCCCAGGACUGUUCUCUAACCACCUACUUCAGAAAUAUUCAAAUUAAAAAUAUUUCUUUUUUUUUUUUUUUUUAAUGAGUGAGGUUGAAAAAUUGAACAAUUCAGUAUUCACAUAAAAUAGAGAUUUAGAUAAGUAUGUGUUACGUAUAACUACUUGGUCAAGGUUUUCAGAUACAGGAGGUUUUCUGCUGCUUCUGUUUUUAAGUACUGAGCCUGCAAUAUCUGAAAGACAAGGACUUCUGAGUGUGCCUGGUCACUUUUAGUCACAAUGAAAAAAAAUCAGACUCCUGGGAUAUCUCAAGGUGAGAAUAUGAAUGUUGUAACGGUGUCCAUUGAUUUUAGAUAGCAUGUCUCUUAGGGAUGUAGCUUAAAUAUGUAACACACAUAAAAGUGGAUCCUUGUCUGGGCAAGGUUUCUCUUGCCUUAUUUAAAAUAGCAGAUUCAUAUGCUAUCAUAUAUUAUAUCCUACCUAUCCUCAUAUUCUAUUUAAAUAUAUAAUGCCUUCCCACUCAAUACAUGUUUCAUAUGAUCAGAUUUUUUUGCCUGCAAAUAAUUCACUAAUAAGUUACCACGCAUAGCUUGAUUAAAGAGAGAAAACAAAUACCCCAAGCCUCUGUGAUGGCAUCUAAGUAUCACUAACAGCUGACAAAUACAGAGGAUGGUUUAGCUUUGUGAAUAAUUAAAGGCAUGUCAAAAUACAGAAGGAAAAAAUGUUUAGAGCUAACCAUAUUCAUUCAUUAUUGAAUUUGACUUGAUUAGUAAUUUCCUCAAAGAAUAAAAAUUUCUUCACUGUUCCAAAACAAUUUAUUGCAUAUAUUGGAUUUAGUAAAUGAGUGAUGGUAAAUAAAUUUUCCUGUUUGGAUGAUUUUUAACUUUGAAAUAA